AUGAAAGAGGACGAAGAAGAUGGCGGAAUUGCGAUGGAGUUCGAUCAGUGCGCACAGGAGACCAUGUUCUACGCCUCGUGCGUCGAAGAUCGGGGCGACGGAAACAUCUCGCGCACCGACUCGGCCGUUUCCAUGAACAGAGAACCGCCCCCAGUCGUUUUACAGGUCCGGUUUUUCCUGAAAACCGUACGAAAACCAUUCUUCGUGGAUUUCAGAAGUUCAACUCGUCGCGGCGAGACCAUCACUUGCGCACUUUUCACGAAAUUAACGUUAAACGGUGUCAGGCGUAUCGGAAAGAAAUGGAGGAGCAACGCAAAGGGUUGGGAAUUGUGAAUUCAGAUGAAAAGGGGAGGAGAGUUGAUUUUCAGAACGGACACUUACUUGCUCACUCAACAGAAACUCGCCGUUCACCUCAUUGACUUCAUCGAUGUGCCACUUAAGGUAGGCAGUGCUUCUAGAAGUUUCUAUUGAUUCUCCUCCGGCAUGGCUUCGUCUUCUUUGCAUCUUUCCCCCGCAGGUGAAGCAUCCGGUGUGCUGUGCUUGUUUCUCUCUUCAUGAUUACAUUUCGUGCUCUUCGUCAUUUUUUCCAUUUCAGAAGACGACUCAACGCAGAAUAUGGACUGAUCGCGUCACGACUCCGCUGUAUUCGAUGACAGGAAGCGGUUUAGAAGUGAGCGGAGACUAUUUCUUCCCUAUGGAAUCUCCGUACGCGACUAUUCAGAGAUCCUAUGUGAGCUUCUUCUUAUUCUUCCUUUUUCCUCAACUCCACCAGUUCAGCUACGUUCCCUGGCCGACAAUCUAACCAGAACUUACCGGAAAAUUGUCGAAAUUAACGAGUUUGUGGAAAAGUGCUCCGAACACAGCCAACUGAUGCUUCCGAUGCUCAUGGCUGUGCUCUGCGACUGGGCGAAAGAGUUUCUCCGAGAUCAUGCGAGAAGGCUGGACGAACUGAGGGCAGAACGACUCGUGGAUCCUCUGCAGACGCUGGCUCGGUUGAAUCCGAUGGUCGAAGACGUGGAAGUGGUGCGGGAGAUGCUCGGAGAAGACACUGGAAAGAGUGUGUGGCUGUGGGAGGAUAUUGAGAAGUCGUGGAAUCGAAUAUUCUUGCUCACGCAAAGAGAGGCGCUCGUGAAGAAGAGGGAAGUCGUCCGACGGCUGCAGAGCCGAUGGAUCGGAGCCCUUCUCUCCACUAUGGAUCACAUUUUCGAAGUGGGAAGAGUACCCGCGGAAGCGAUUCAUUUUGUGUUGCAUAAGUGA